AUGGCUUCUACUAUUAUGAAGGGGGCGGCGGUUGCCCUUGCACUCGCGCAUCCCACCCGAGCCGCUGUGUUCCCUGAGAACAUCUUCAACCGUUCUGAAAUCGAGGCCAUGUCGAUGGAAAAGCGUGGCUCAAUGGCACCCUAUAGAUUGUGGGAUGCCGCAACCGUCCCCUACAUCCUGGAGGGCCUCCCCCACGACUUGUCCGACUCAAUCAGAGGUGCCAUGAGGCAAUGGGAACAGUCCACCUGUAUCCGCUUCGUUCCCAAGACAAACCACGAGGCUUGGGUGAACUUCAAGAAGUAUGAUGACGGCUGCUAUGCGCAACAACUUGGCUCCCCCGGCUCAGGCGAGAUGAUUGUCAACCUCGACUACCCCAACGCCUGGGAGAAGUUCAUCAGUGUUGGCACCUACAAAGCUUGCUUGGAAGCUGGCACUCCUGGCCAUGAGCUGGGCCACGUUAUCGGUCUCACCCAUGAGCACCAGCGGCCCGACCGAGACCAGUACAUCCGCAUUCUUCCUGAUCGCAUCGACAAGGACCACCUGGAUCAGUUUGACAUCUGGACCGGCGCCGACACUUCCGUUCCCUUUGACUACAACUCCAUCAUGCUGUACAACUCCAAGGGCUUCGCAAAGGACACCAAGUGGACAUGGCUCGUCGGCGAGAAGAGCAUGAAGCACACCAUGGAGACGGUGACGGACAAGAACAUCGACCCCUGGGACUCCCCCACGGACAACGACUUCACGGCCGUCAACAAGGGCUACGGCUGCGAGGAGUACUACACCCGCAAGGUCGCGGACUGCCUCGCGGGCUCCCUCCCGGCCAACGGCGACUUCUCGUCGUACUCCUUCAUCCUCGACUACUUCACCGAGGAGUACAUGCGCAACAACGGCUACACCCACGUCGGCGUGCACCAGAACUGCCGCGCCAACAGAAACGACAUGGACACGGACAACUGGGGCUUCACGACGCUGAACGGCUGGGGCCCCCGCGCGCAGUACAAGGUCACCACGAACCGCUGCAAGAAGGACUACGACCGCCACGCCAGCCGCUACGAGAUCGCGCUCUGCAAGGGCGACAACGAGGACGCCUGCGAUAUCAAGUGCGGUCUGCGCCGCGUGUGCCCGUUUGACGGCAGCGGCAAGCAGGUCGACAGCAAGGCUAUCGACGUGACGGACAACACCCUCUGGGUCUGCCACCCGCACUAA